AUCGGUACACGCACGCGGCAGCCACAGUGACACACUCGCUCACGCGUGCGCGCAGUGCAAGCCGCAGCGGAGAGCGGACAGCAUGAGCUCCUCGUCGCCCCAGCUCCGGCGCCUCAAGCCGGCGUACCAGUGCGUGGUGAACAACUUCCUCGCCGUGCUCGCCGUGCCGCUCGCCGUCGCGGGCGCCGUCGGCGCGGCGCGCGUCGGCCCGGAGGAGCUUCUCGCCAGGAUGCACGCGCUCCGGCCCGCGCACGUCUUCCUGGCCGCGUUCCUCCCGGCCGCCGCGGGGAUCCUGUACCUCAUGAUGCGGCCGCGCUCCGUGUACCUCGUCGACUACGCCUGCUUCCGCACCAAGCCCAGCCACCGCGUCCCGUUCGGCACGUUCCUCGAGCACGCCAAGCUGGUGACGUUCAUCGAGGGGGCCUCCAUUGACGAGCGCAGCGUCCGGUUCAUGACGCGGCUGCUGGAGCGGUCCGGGCUCGGGGAGGAGACGUGCCUGCCCCCCGCGCACCACUUCAUCCCGCCGUACCGGAACCUGGAGGCCUCGCGCGACGAAGUGGAGCUCGUCAUCUUCUCCGCCAUCGACGACCUGCUCGCCAAGACGGGCAUCCGCCCCGACGCCAUUGACUUGCUCGUCGUCAACUGCAGCCUCUUCGCGCCCAUCCCGUCCUUCACUGACAUGAUCAUCCGCAAGUACAAGAUGCGCAGCGACAUCCGCAACGUGCACCUCUCCGGGAUGGGGUGCAGCGCCGGGCUCGUCUCCGUGGGGCUGGCGCGCAACUUCCUGCAGGUGGCGCCGCGGGGCUCGCACGCGCUGGUGGUGUCCACGGAGACCAUCACGCCCAACUACUACGUCGGCAAGGAGCGCGCCAUGCUGCUGCCCAACUGCCUCUUCCGCAUGGGCGGCGCGGCGGCGCUGCUGUCCACAUCCCGCGCCAAGGCCCGCUUCCGGCUCUCCCGCGUGGUGCGCACGCUCACCGGCGCGCAGGACAACGCGUACCGGUGCGUGUACCAGGAGGAGGACGACGAGGGCCACCGGGGCAUCAACCUGAACAAGGACCUCAUGACCAUCGCCGGUGACGCGCUCAAGGCGAACAUCACGGCGAUCGGGCCGCUGGUCCUGCCCGCGUCGGAGCAGCUGCUCUUCGCGCUGUCCUUCAUCGCGCGGCGGGUGUUCAACAACAAGAGCAUCAAGCCGUACCUGCCCGACUUCCGCAUGGCGUUCGAGCACUUCUGCAUCCACGCGGGCGGGCGCGCCGUGAUCGACGAGCUGCAGAACAGCCUGGGGCUGUCGGACGAGCACGUGGAGGCGUCGCGCAUGGCGCUGCACCGGUUCGGCAACACGUCCAGCAGCUCGCUGUGGUACGAGCUGGCCUACAUCGAGGCCAAGGGGCGCAUGCGCAGGGGCGACCGCGUGUGGAUGAUCGGCUUCGGCUCCGGGUUCAAGUGCAACAGCGCGGCGUGGGAGUGCAUCGAGCCCGCGCGCGACGCGCAGGGCCCGUGGGCCGACUGCGUCAGCCGCUACCCGGUCGACAUUCCGGAGGUGCUCAAGCAUUAACCAACCAACGUCUCGCGCCCACGCGGUCUACAACAGGAUAUCUCUCUCUCUCUGUCGCUUCCUCUCUCGAUUUGUAUCUGUCGACAACUACUCCUACUACUAUGCCCCAUGCAUUUCUUCUACUGUUAGUCUGGUGUGUGUUUCCCUCGGUGGUAAACCUGACCGGUCCGACGGAUCGGCCGGAGCGCUCGUGUCCAUGGCGUCGGGGAGGACACGGCCGGUUGGCCGGAGCCGCGGCUGGGCCGGCCGGCGUAAUAGCUGCCGCGGUGGCCGAGUUAAAUAUGCCGGAUCUGUCUGACGCGCGCAUGUGAGGUGCAACCGACGGCCGGUGGUUGCGCUCCGGCACAAAGGGCUUAAUUUCUUCCGGUCAUUCAUAAACGUAUAAUCGUGGUCCUCGAUCGCGAGCGUACUCUUUUUUUCUUCAUUUCUCUCUUGUUUAUUUAUUUACUAUUCUUCCUUCCCGUUCUCCCGGACCUCUUCUCUUUUGUUAAUUUCAGCUCUUUACUGUAUCUCCAUUGAAGGAAAAAGAGAACAAAAAUGUACUGCUACGAGUUUGACAAUAAAUCAAUGUGCCGGAAAUAGUUUACUACCA